CGCCCGCCAGCCCCACGUGCGCAGCCUCCCACCAGGCCGCCUGCGGUGUUGCCUGCAUCCCCGUUCCCUGGCUCUGUGACGGCGAGCAGCAGUGUCCUGACGGGACGGAUGAGCAGUGCGAUGUUGCCUGUGGUGGGGACCCUCACAUUUGGCAGUGUGACGAUGGCCAGUGUGUUUCCAGAAGCUGGCGUUGCGAUGGUGUUGCUGACUGCCUGGAUGGCUCUGAUGAGCAGGACUGUGUGUGUGGGGCAAAGAAGGUGCAGUGUCCUGGCACUCACCACUGCAUCCCGCACUGGGAGCUCUGCGAUCGGCACCAGGACUGCGAAGACGGCUGGGACGAGGAGGGGUGUCCCCAGCAGCCCUGUCUGCCGGGGCAGUGGCAGUGCAGGAACAGGGUGUGCAUCAUGGCCGAGUGGAAGUGCAACGGUGUCGAUGACUGUGGCGAUUCCUCGGAUGAAGAUGUCUGCGCCCCCUGCCCGCCUGGCAUGGUGCGGUGUGACGAAGGCAAGUGCAUCCUGGAGUCCCUGAUGUGCAAUGAUGAGGACGACUGCCUGGAUGGCACCGACGAGCCCAGCACGUGCGGUCGGAGCUGCUUUGUGCGCAAUGGGGGCUGCGCAGAGACGUGCACCGACACGCACUGGGGAGUGCAGUGCUCCUGCGGGGCCGGCUGGGUGCUGCAGGCAGAUGGGCAGAGCUGUGCUGAUGUGGACGAGUGCUCCCUGGAGUACAGCCCCUGCAGCCAGCUGUGCAGCAACACCCCCGGCGCUUUCAGCUGCUCCUGCCUCCAGGGCUACACCCUGCGGCACGGCACCACCUGUGAGGUGGCAGGUGACAUCCCCCUCACCCUGGCAGACAAUGCAACACAGAUCCUGGUGGCUGUGGGGCAGGAUCUGGCCCUUCUGGAUGUGCGGACCCAAACCUACCGGCCCCUGCUUUCCAGCGAGACCGAACCCCGCGCCCUGGUGUAUGACCUGCUCCGAGAAACCUACUACUGGCUGACCGAGGAGGGCGAGCUCCGUGUCCAUCUCCCGGGGAAGGGCACGCGGCCCCUCUAUGCAGAUGCUGGGGAGGUGAACAGCAUCUCCAUAGACUGGUUCACAGGGCAGCUGUACUGGGCCAGCAGCCACCCUGCAGCUAUCUGUGCGGGGCUGAGCGAUGGCCGGGGCUAUGUGACAGUGCUGGGAAAGGACCUGGCACCAGAGCAGCUGACAGUGCAUCCAGCUGCAAGGUCCUUGUACUGGGUCAACCGCGGGCAGAGGGGCCGGACAGUCAUCGCGGCAGCCGGCAUGGAUGGCUCAGACCGGCGGGAGCUCACAGUGGUGUCCAUGGAGGAGCCAGUGGGGCUGAGCCUGGACCACGUGGCUGGCAGGCUGUACUGGAUCAGCGAGUACAAGGAGUCCAUCGAGACGCUGCGGGUGGAUGGCAGCGGGCGCCACUCCUUCCCCGCCGUCCUGCGGAGCCACACGGAGCCACUGGGCCUGGCCGUGUUCGAGAGCCGCUUCUUCUGGACUGAUGGCACAGAGCUGGUGUCGGCCGCCCAGGCGUCUCCCCAGGAGCAUGCGGUGCUGCUCCGAGCCCCUGUCUCUGCUUUCACUGUCCUGCACGUCCUGCAGCAGCCUCCCCAGCUGUCCAUUGUGUAUGCGACAGGGACAGCCAUCUCCCUGGUGCAGGUGGGCCCUGGAGCACACAGCAAACAGGUGCAGGAGUGGCAGGAGUCCCUCCACCUGCAAGACGUGGACUGGCAGAGGUCGGUGAUCUACGGGACGGAUGACCAUGGGACGCUGCUCCGUGUUGUGGGGCACCCCGGCAGGAGAGAGGCCAUGGCGACUGGGCUGCCAGUCUGCUCUGCCCGUGUGGACAUCCGCUCAGGGAACCUGUACUGGCUGGCAUGUAACCGGAGGGACAUCGGGGUGAUCCAGGCGUCUGACAUGUCCCCACGCAUCCUGCACCGUGCUCGCAGCAGCAUCCAGCACCUCUUCUUGGACUGGCAGCGGGGUGCUCUGUACUGGUUAGCCCGUGGGCAGCCCCUGCAGCAGCUGAGCCUGGCUGGCGGUGCUCCCCGCGAUGCCUGGAACGAGACGUGGCCUGGAGACCUGCCCGCAGCCAUGGACAGCAGAGCCUUCAGCCUGCUCUGGACCUCAGCCCUGGGUCUGCGAGCACUGAGUCUGAGCAAGCGACAAGCGGUCACCCUGGCACCCAGCUGGUCCCACGGGCUGGUGGCUGCAUUUGAGCCAUACCUGAUGUCAGCAAACGGGACGGCUCUCCUGCUGUGGGACCGCAGGACACUGGCCCUUGCGAUGUCCAUUCCGGCCACAGGCAUUCAGGGAGUGGUGGCCUUCGUGGGCUUGGAGCCACAGGCUGUCCCCCAUCUGUCCUGUCCUCGCACGCAUGUGCCCUGCCGUGACGGCACCGAGUGCGUGGCCCAGGAGUACUUGUGCGAUGGGGAGAAGGACUGUGCGGAUGGCUCUGAUGAGGAUGGGUGUGCCCAGCUCUGCGACACCCCAGGGGCUUUCCACUGCGCGAGUGGAGCCGUGUGCGUCAGGGCUGGCGAGCACUGUGAUGGGGUGCCGCAGUGCCCCGACGCAUCGGAUGAGAUGGGCUGCUGGAGCCCCACACAGGAGUGUGCCCUGCGCUGUGACGCUGCCACCCGCUGUGUCCCCGAGAGCUGGCUGUGUGACGGCCACGCUGACUGCCUGGACCACGCCGAUGAGCAGGGCUGUGCACCAAAGAAGUGCAGCCCGGCCGAGUUCCCCUGCCAGAGCGGGCAGUGUGUGGCGCUGGCCCUGCGCUGUGACGGUGAUCGCGACUGCCGGGAUGGCUCGGAUGAGGAGGGCUGUGCCGUACCCCGGCCGCUGCUCUGCCGCACGGGUGAGGUGGCGUGUCCCCACAGCGGGGAGUGUGUGCCGGAGGCCUGGCGCUGCGACGGUGCCACUGACUGCAGGGAUGGCACGGAUGAACAGGGCUGUCCGAGGGAGGAAGGGCUGUGCAGGGACCAGGAGUGGGGCUGUUCCCAUGGCCACGAGUGCAUCCCUGAUGUCUGGCACUGCGAUGGAGAGAGCGACUGCACGGAUGGCAGUGACGAGGCUGGCUGCCAGCCUGCUCCCUGCCAGAGUCAUGAGUACCCGUGCAGGCUGGGACCCUGCCUGAAUGUGUCCCUGGUGUGUGAUGGCCAGCGGGACUGUGCGGACGGCUCGGAUGAGGCGGGGAACUGCUCCGUGCCCUGCCAGCGGUCCUGCUCCCACCUCUGCUACCCCUCGCCCCAGGGCCCUAGGUGCUGGUGUGACCCAGGCUAUCGGCUGGGGGGGGGAAAAAAAAGUAGGUACAAAGACGAGGACAAGGAUGGGGGCGCGGGAGCCUGCAGCCAGACGUGCCUCAACGCCCCAGGGUCCUACAGCUGUGGAUGUCUCCCGGGCUACCUACUCGAGCCUGAUGGCCACGUCUGCAAACUCACUGGACCAGAGCCCAUGCUGCUGGUGGGUGUGCAGUCAGAGGUGUUGUCCUACGGCCUGCGGAGUGGGCAUGAGGAGGUGCUGCUGGCCACUGGCAAGGAUCGCGUUAUCUUCUCACUCGACUAUGACCUGGUGGAGAGGAAAGUCUUCUGGAUGGACCUGGCCACUGAGAGCAUCCGCUGGCAGGACUUCGACUUUGGCAAGAAAGGCACACUGGUGAAAGGUGUGAAAUCAGACUGUAUAGCAGUGGACUGGCUUGGGGGGAACCUGUACUGGACAGACGGGGCAGCAGGGCAGGUGCUGGCCACUCGCCUGGGGGCUGCCUGGCGUGGAACACCAGAGUACACGGUGGUGGUGGAUGGAGACCUGGACCAGCCACACUCCCUGGUGCUCCAGCCUCUGGCAGGGGAAGGCUGGGAUGAGAGGACACGGGGACGUCUUUGCCAUCCCUGCCCUGCCCCAUUUUCCUCCAUGGAGGCAGAUGACAGGCUGGGGAAGCGUUGGGAUGGCCUCACCUGGGUGUGA